AUGGUCCGCCUUAUAGUUGCCUCUGUACUUACCUUCGCUCUAUCCGCCUACGCCACCGGUAACGCCGCUGGUAACGCCGCCGGUGCCGCCAACAUCGUCAACGGCCAGGGUAAACAGUCCAAUCAAGGAGCCUGCAUCUCCGACGCCGACUGCAGAUCGGGCUGCUGCGCCGGCCUCAACAACGCCGCCGUCUGCUCCGCCCGCAACGCCGCCUUUGACCAGGGCAAGCGAGGCUGCGGCUUCCGCGGCGCCGGUGCCGGCGGUACCGCUGGCAUCGUUGGCAACAACGGCCAAACUGGUGUCAUCGGUGGCAACAACGGCCGAACUGGUGUCAUCGGUGGCAACAACGGCCGAACUGGUGGCAACGGCGGUGUCGGUGGUGUAGGCGGCCAAAUAGGCUUCCAAGAUGAUGGUAGACCAGGCUUCUUUCCAGGUGAUCGUGGCCCAGUCUUCCCAGGUGAUAGUGGCCCAGGCUUCUUCCCAGGUGAUAAUGGCCCAGGCUUCUUCCCAGGUGAUAAUGGCCCGGUCUUCCCAGGUGAUAGUGGCCCAGGCUUCCCAGGUGAUGGUGGCUUCGGUGAUGGCUUCCAAGAAAAUGGUAGCCUCGGCGGUCAAGGUGAUAGUACCUGGGCUUCAAGCGUAGCUAUGCUCGCAAGUUCUUUGCCCAAGUGUUUUGCUGAUUAG